AAGCGGCAUUCUUCGAUCGGGGAAGCAAUUUGCAAUAAAAUUCGUGAUUUAGUGAUUUAUCUUUCGAAUCAUGGUGAUAAAGUACACUUUUUAGUGAAAUGUUUAGUGUAAUUAAUUGCAAAAAUUUGUCAAGAACACGCACUAAGGUUAGGUCUUUGCUCCGAGACGACACUCAUCGGCCGGAUAAGAUCAUUAUCACUGUUUAGUGUGUGCUGUUCAGGAACAAGUUCAGAGUUGCCUGCCAUGUUGACGACGCAGGCGAGAGAAAAAAAUUAAUUUGCAAAACUGGAUGUUUUUAUACGAAACCUUCAAAUGAAGAUGAGUCGCGAGAUGUUCGAGGGAAAAGAUUAUCCUACUCAGUGGGCCCUGAAUCCUUCCACCUACCAAAACAUGAGCAACGAUCAAGUUGAUUGGGCUGCGUUAGCUCAACAGUGGAUACAAAUGAAGGAAACGGUCGUUCCCCCUGCUCCUCCACCACCCUCAAUUGACACGGGACAAUCAACCAACGAUGGAGGUGGAGAAGCUCCAAUGGACAUGGAUACUAAAGAUGAUGACAUUCCUCCAGCUCCUCCUGCACCAAGUAUUAGUGGAUCAGACUACUAUAUUAUGAUGAGAGAUAAUGAUAGAACCAAGGAAAAAACAAUUAGGCACGAGAAAUCACAUAAAAAUAAUUCAGAUGGUUGGAAUCAGUGGAGCCAGUGGGGCCAUUGGAAUGCAGCAGGACCUGGUGCUGGAAAUUGGGAAUGGAGUGGAGUACCACCGCCUGGAGUGACCAUGGGCCCUGAUGGAAGACCUAUGGGAAUUCCUAAUGUUACACCUGCAGCCCCGCAAAUAUCGGCAAAUGCAGGAUUUAAUAUUCCUCCACCAUCAGCACCACCUCCUUAUGCCUAUAAUUCAGUAUCAGCUGGACAACCCUAUAAUCAGGUGCCGGCUUAUUGGUCUGGGGAGCAAACAGGUGUUGUUUCUUCUCAACCUCCUCCAUUUUUAAAAGGAAUGAGACACCAUAGCCGAAUACCUACCAUGCGAGGUAUGGAUCCAAUGAGAGGCAGAGAUGAUAGAGAACCAACUCCCGAAGAAGAUGCCUUUACAAUGGAUGCAGCCAAACGAAGGCAAUUGCCUGCAUGGAUUCGAGAAGGCUUAGAAAAAAUGGAAAGGGAAAAACAAAAGGCAGUCGAGCGAGAAAGACAGGAUGAAUUGAGGAAGCAAGAACUCGAGGCUCGCAAGCAAGCCGAAAACGAGGCUCGUGCGGUUCUAAAUCCGAGCAAGAGCAAAUUCGAUUCGGACUCGGAGAAGGAAACAGAAGAAGAAACAGGAUCGAGGUUUGAGGAUGGAGAGAGAAAUCAGGAACGAAGCCCCGACAUGGUUCGACCUCGACGAUCGCGUUUCAGAGAUGCGGACUCGCCCGACUCUCGUUCAGCGAAAGAAGCAAGUCCGGUUUCAACCCCCAACAUCCCCCCUGCGCCGAAACGCUCCCGAGAAGAAGUCCUCCAGGAAGUGAUGUGGAAAGUGCGGCGAUCCCUGACAGAGAUCCUGUUGGAGGUAACGAACGAAGAGAUUUCGUCGGUGUGCAGAGAGGUUUGGAGCCGCGCUCGAGCCAAAGCCCCUGCAGGAGAGCCCCCUGUCGCAUCCUUCAACAACACGGCCCCUCUUGCUCAGAUCACUCGGAAACUUGGUCUGGGCAUCUACGGCGACAGUAACAGCGAGUCCGAGGAGGAGCAGUACGAGGAGGAACAGCCGGAGGAAGAAGAUAGCGAUGAGGAACUCAAGGAAACACUGAGGCGACGUCAGCAAGCAUUCAAAAAGACCGAGGAGGAGAUUGAGGCGCGCCUAGCCGAGGAGGAGGACGACGAAGAGGACGAGCGUCAGCAGCAGCAGGAUCAGAAUCAUCACAAACAGCAGAAAAAUCAUACUGGUAAUUCUAGCAGCAGAGAUUCAGUUGAGAAAGAAACGAUAAAUAAUCAAAGAGAAGCGUCAGAAACUGUGUCGAGCGGUGGGCAAACGCCGCAGCAGCAUAUUGUCACGAGCGACACGGCCAAGGCGAAUUCUCCAACGAAAUCAGCCGACUUGGCGGGGGCGGCGACGGCGGACUCUAGCAGUAAUGAAACCUCGAGUUCCGAGACGAGUCACAGCUCGAGCAAGGCUGCUCGAUCACGAAAAAAGGAGAGUGCGCGUGACGAGAGGAAAAAGAGGUCGAAGAGCCGAAGCAAGUCGCGCGGCCGGAAGUCAACUUCUCGAUCUUCCGAUCGCACCACCACCAGGAGACACAAGUCCCGAUCUAGAUCGGUCAAGUCUCGCAAGGGGUAUCGUUCACCAUCCUCUGGUAGUUACAGGUCGAGGCGGAAGCAGAGGUCCAGGUCGCGGAAUAAUCGCAAACGAGACAAGACGACGCGAUCGAGAUCGAGGGCGAGAUCGAGAUCGCACUCGAUCAGGAGACGGUAUUCGCGGUCUCACUCGCCGCGGGGCAAGAGGAGAUCGUCUCGUUCGCAUUCCAGGACACGGAGGAGGAGUCCCUCGUAUGUGAUAAGACGAAGCAAGUCCAGGUCGAGAGAGAGGCAGAGGAGGCGAAGUCGAUCGAGAUCAAGAUCGAGAGAGAGGCGGAGAUUGUCGCGCAGUCGGUCGAAAGAUCGGAGACGCACGUCACCCUAUUCUUCUUCUUCUUCGUACAGGAAUAAGAGGCGGAGCAGUCGAUCGAGAUCGAGGGAUCGACGGAGAUCGAUAUCAAAAUCGCGACAUUCGGGCCAUCGAGAUGGUAAGAAGUCAUCGCAUCGAUACAAGGACUGAGCGCUUUCUACUCCCAAUCAAGACUCUUCUCUGGCUUCCAUCAAGAUUUUUCGACAGAUGAAAGUUGCUGCUUCGGUACGAUAAAACCGGUGUUAUGGUACAGUUAUUUUAAACAAAUCAUGAUUAUAGUAAGCUCUACCCUUUUUUUUUUAAAUGAAUUAUGCAUACAAUUAGAAAAGUGAAUGUGCUCUUCAACGAUUUCUGUGUCAGUUAAUUACUCAUGCAAGUGUAUGAAAUCCCGCGAUGGUUGCCGAUCUAUUCUACAAAUUUGUAAAUAAUAAAUCAUAAUUACUGAUACAGUU